UUCGUUGAAGAGCACAAACUCACUAAAGAGAUGGGCCUCGAAAAACUUAGCCAAUACGCACCAGAAAUACUUGACCUCUUAACAAAUGAUAAAGAGAAAAGGCGCCAAGCCCGUAAUCGUCUUAUAAAAGGGUAUAACUUUAGCAAAGAGCGGGAAUUUGCAUUAAUUCUGCUCCAGAGAGUUGGGAGAUACAAAAGUCAAGUGCCCCUCAAAGAAGGUGGGGCAGAAGCUGAGGAAGUGAAUAUAUGUCAAGUAUCUGAUAGUACUUGUUCCAGGGAGACUAUUAAAGAAACGGCUCAGCGUAUUAUGAAAGAUAAACUUAGUGAAAAAGAUAUAAAAGCGAUAUCUAGAAACUUAGUUAAAACUGCCUCUGAUCCCGUUAUAACCAGAUUAUCCAACAAAGUCCAAAAAGAGUGUAGCGAGCAACGCGAAAAUGAAGGAAUCGAUUUUUCGGACCACUUCUCGUUAGAAUCAGUUAAGGAGAGACUGGAUUUGUAUAAUGUAUCUAAUAUACCUGAUAAACAAGCCCUAGCUGAUAUAAUGAUCAUGCUCUGUAUUCGCCCUUCAGAAAUUAAAAGCCUGCGCAUAUCUAAUAGCAGUAUAACAGGUUAUACAAAAAACCGAGGAAGCAAUCAUUUCUGGGAAGUUAAGGGAUCCAGGAAAGCUUGGAUCUACAUACUUAAGGCAAUAUUUGCUUCUGUAGCACAUGGGCCUAAAAAUGCGUCGAAAGCUAACACUUAUGCUAGUGAAGCCUUUCGGCAUUCACCUGAUAACCAUGCUUCUCCAUCUAAGAGAUACACUAUAGUUAAUAUGUGGAGAAGAGGAGAACCAUAUAAUCAGGCAAAGGCAUUCGAGCUUUUCGAUGAAAACUAA